AUGAUUACACGGUAUGUUACAGUGAACGAUGCAAUGAGCGAAAUUAUUGCGAAAGUAAUCCAUGUAAAAAUAGUGGUACAUGUAUAUCAACAACCGGAGGUUACCGUUGUCAAUGUCCGGAAGGUUUUCAUGGUAACAAAUGCGAAUUAG